CCAGUGCUAGUAAUCACCAUUUGAGAGGGUUGUUUCUUCUCGAAAAGGUUGCAUUAUGUAACUUGUUACUCUUCUUGCAGACACUACAAGUAUGAUUUAAGCGUGUUUUGUCGUUUCUCCGAUUGGGAAUACAAGGGGUUGGGGAUUUAUAUAACUAUUACUGAUAUUCUGUAAGACCUAUUAUCGGCGGACGACGACAGGCGUUUGUGAUUUGGACGAUUUUGGUGUGCUUUAUUUAGUGAACAUGUACGAUGAUGAAAACAACAUGACCGAUAAAGUUAAUACUAAAACGCCUUUAAUCGGUGGUUCGCUCAGCAAUAGAGGAGGAUUCGGCCAAGGUAAACGGGAUUAUGCAAGUAUUUCGAUCCGCGGAUCGAAUGAUCAGACCGGAGCCUCGUCAAGUUACAUCGCCGAGAGCCCGAUAACGUACGGACAUGGAAGAGACAACGGGAGGAAAACUUCGGUCUUGUUACCAACAGAGCAGUUGUCUUUGACUUGGUGUGACAUUGAAGUGACUGCGCCUCCUCCAAAAAGAAAAUGGUUCAAGAAACAAGACCCGAAAACUUUGUUACCAAAGAGAAUUCUACGCAGAGUAAGUGGCUAUGUAGAACCAGGAACAUUAUUGGCCGUCAUGGGGGCAAGUGGUGCUGGAAAAUCAACUUUGAUGAAUGUUUUGACGUAUCGCAACCGUGGAAAUCUUACAGUCGAGGGUCAUGUGAUGAUUAAUGGUCAACCAGUGGGAAGGUCGAUUGCUAGCUCAUCUGCUUAUGUUCAACAAGAGGAUCUGUUUUUUGGCAACCUUCGGGUUAGAGAGCAUCUUAUCUUCCAGGCUUUACUUCGUAUGGAUUCCCACAUUCCCAAGAAAGGUAGAAUGGAAAGGGUUGAGGAAGUGAUUAGAGAGCUUGGUUUGAGUAAAUGUGCCAAUACUAUCAUCGGUAAUCCUGCCAGGGGGAUUAAAGGUAUAUCUGGAGGUGAGAUGAAAAGGUUAUCAUUUGCAUCCGAGGUUUUGACGAACCCUCCAUUGAUGUUUUGUGAUGAACCUACAUCAGGAUUAGAUUCCUUUAUGGCGCAGAGUGUGGUGGCAACUUUACAGCAUUUAGCAGCUCAGGGUAGAACUAUACUGUGUACGAUACACCAGCCAUCAUCUGAAGUCUAUGCAAUGUUUGACAGGGUGCUAUUGAUGGCUGAAGGGAGAAAUGCUUUCCUCGGGUCAACCAGUGAUGCGCUGAGGCAUUUUUCAAAUAUUGGUCACACUUGCCCCACAAACUACAAUCCUGCUGAUUUUUACAUCCAAAAACUCGCCAUUGAACCUGGCAAGGAACAACAAUGUAGAGAAAAAGUUGAGAAACUUUGUGAUGCUUAUGAUCAAUCCAUUUUUGCCAAAGAAGUUUAUGAUAAAAUGAAGCCAUCAGAAUCUAAGGGUUUGUUGGAAGACCAUAAUAUCAAAAGUAGAUCACCGUACAAGGCCUCCUGGUUUGCUCAAUUUCGAGCUGUUAUGUGGCGUACUUACCUUGAUAACUCCAGAGAACCAAUGAUUAUUAGAGUCCGGACGGUACAAACUGUGAUAAUAGCCCUGAUAAUAGGACUGGUAUUCCUACAGCAACCAUAUGAUCAAGACAGUAUUCAGAACAUUAAUGGUUGUUUGUUUUUAUUCAUCACAAAUAUGACAUUUGCCAAUUUGUUUGCAGUUAUUCAAGUUUUUCCUCUGGAGUUGCCGGUAUUUUUACGAGAACAUUUUAAUGGCAUGUAUCGUACUGAUGUGUAUUUUAUUUGUAAGAACUUAGUGGAGUUACCUUACCAGUUUAUUAUACUUCCCAUAGUGUUCACAGCUAUAACAUACUGGAUGGUUGGACUUUAUCCAUAUUUUGUGAAUUUCUGUAUAUGUGCUGGGAUACUGGUGUUGGUAUGUAAUGUUUCCGUAUCAUUUGGAUACAUGAUCAGCACAUUCAGUCCUAGUGUAUCAGUUGCAUUAGCGAUUGCACCACCGCUAAUAGUACCGUUGUUAUUGUUCGGUGGUCUUUUUCUUAAUACAAGUGAUAUUCCAGUUUAUUUUAUUUGGUUGCAGUAUAUAUCUUGGUUUAAGUAUGGUUAUGAGUGCCUGACUGUGAAUCAAUGGCAGAAUAUUGACGAUAUUGAAUGUCCAGCCAAUUACUCAGUGCCGUGCAUUACCGAUGGUCAAACAGUAUUAGCCAGUCUCUCAUUUUCAGCAGAUAAUUUUAUGAUGGAUAUUUAUUUAAUACUGGUGUUACUGGUGGUGUAUCGACUUAUAGCGUACAUUGGUUUGGUGUGGAGAUCACAAAAUAAAUAAAUGGUCAUCAUCUAGAGCAUGAAAGAAUGGUUAAGUUAAGCACCAAGCAUUUAACAACAAUGAAAAAAGCAAUUCUCUGGAGGAUGCUGAUUUGUCAAAUGCUAAAUUUACAAGAUUACAAUCAUGUUUACAUACUGCCCUCUACAGUUGAUUUAUUCAGAUUCGUCAUAAUUCUUAAUAUGCUUUAUUUUCACUUGGAAUUUGUGUUCUCUGGUAAAAUGAACCUAUAUGUUGCAUUCAAAUCAUCAGAAAUCAGUGAAAAUAAAGUUCAAAACAGCCAAAAUGUCUCUUCUAUGAAAAUGAAUUUCAGCUAAAAUAUUUUAAAGUAAUGAGAGUACUGUAUUUGAUGUGAUAUUUUAUAUCUGAGAAAACUUCUUCUCCUGUAAGCUGGUUUAUUGCUGAGUAAUUUUAUCUCUCCAGCAUUACUUCUAACAAGGGAUAUAAUGGUUACCAGCAUUCGUACAUAUAGCAUGUAGAGUAAUAACUAAAAAAAUUCAACACUGAUCAGUUUGAAACUUUGUGUGUACAUGAUAAUCAAUACUUCCGAUGGAAACAAAAUGUGAAUUCCACGCAUAUUUGCAUAUUUUGCAUAUAUGGUUAAAACAAAGUUUAAACACGUAUAAAUUCAACAUACAUCAAUGCGUUAUGCGCGAUGGUCAUAGUUUUUCUGGUAAAGACAAGUCGUGUAAUUUGCAUGCUGAUUUUCAUACAUCAAUAAUUACAAAGUCA